AUGUUGCUGAAGCCGACAUCUGAAGUGCCGCACAAAGGCGGACAGGUAAUUGUGCCAGGUUCACGCGAUUAUCAACUCAUCCAUCAAUGGAUAGCGGAAGGGGCUGUUCCUGAUGUUGAAACCACCCAGCGCGUGGAAAGAUUAGAGGUUUUACCGGAUUCCGCUGAACUCGCCAUGCCGGGGAUGAAGCAACAAUUUAUUGUCAUUGCCCACUAUCCCGAUGGAACGACGCGGGAUGUUACUCGUGAGGCAAAAUUCACGAGCAGCCUCAAUGAUGUCGCAAAGAUCACUGACGAUGGCGUGGUGACCGCAGAACGCCGCGGUGAAACUGCUAUCCUCACCCGAUAUGAAGGCGCAUAUAGCACAAACGGCAUCAUCGUAAUGGGCGACAGAAGCGGAUACAAGUGGGUUGAAACGCCUGAGUAUAACUAUAUCGAUACGCACGUGCAUAAUAAAUUGAAGCGCAUGAAACUCCUACCUUCUCAUCUCUGCACAGAUGAAGAGUUUGUACGGCGCAUCUAUUUCGAUCUGACAGGCCUCCCACCGACUCCUGAACAGGCGCGGAGUUUCCUGGCUGAUACCACCACCUCUAAAACCAAACGGGAAAAACUGAUUGACGCACUCCUCGAAACACCGGAGUUUAUCGACCACUGGACACAUAAGUGGGCAGACUUGUUGCAGUCUAACCGCAAAUUCCUCGGUGAACGUGGUGUCUGGCUCUUCCAACAAUGGAUAUAUCAGGCUAUUGCCCAGAAUCGUCCGUAUGACCAGUUUGUACGAGACCUGAUUACAGCAACCGGAAGCACCUACGCGAAUCCAGCAGCGAGUUAUUUCCGUGUAUCCCGUGAAUAUACGGCUGCAGUCGAAAACACGACUCAGCUUUUCUUAGGGGUCCGUUUUUCAUGCAACAAAUGCCACGACCAUCCGUUUGAGAAAUGGACGCAAAACCAGUACUAUGAGCUCGGCGCAUUUUUCGCGGAUGUCAAUGUGAAGCAAGGUCCGCUACCCGGCGAUGAAAUAGUCUACGCGAGUUACACGGAAACGCCUGUAAAACACCCGCGAACGUUAGCGGUAGUUGAACCCUCCGUCCCAUUCGGGGAAAUCGCAGUAGAAACCGACAAUAAGCAACACAUGCUCGCAACGUGGCUCACCUCUAAGGAAAAUCCGAUGUUUGCACGCGCAGGGGUGAACCGUCUCUGGAGCUACUUCAUGGGACGCGGGAUCAUCGAACCUGUUGACGACAUCCGGACGAGUAAUCCACCGAUCAACCCUGAAUUGCUCGAUGCAUUGACAAAGGAUUUCCUGGACAGCGGAUUCGACAUGAAGCAUAUCAUGAAGACGAUGGUUCACUCCAGAACCUAUCAACAGAGUAUCAAGACGAAUGCGUGGAACAAGUCAGAUACAAUUAACUUCUCACACGCCGUUGCAAGACGCUUGACAGCUGAACAGUUGUUAGAUGCUAUCGGGAUCGCAACAGGAAGCCGACCACGGUUCCAAGAGGUACCCAAGCACUUCCGCGCAGUCCAAUUGCCAGACAGCAAGGUCAAAGAUGACGGAUUUUUGAAACUGUUUGGUAGACCGGAACGCGAAAGUUCGUGUGAAUGUGAGCGCACCACUGAGGUCAGUCUCGCACAUGCAAUGAACCUCAUUAAUGGACCAACGGUUGCAGAGGCACUCAUUGAUCCAAAAGGACGUAUCACACGACUUAUCAAAGCGAAUCAGGAUGACCGAGUGCUCGUUGAGGAACUAUAUCUCGCAACGUUUUCUCGGUUACCAGAGAAGAACGAAUAUGCAGUAGCGGUUGAACAUAUCGCGAAUGCAGAAUCUAAGGAAGAAGGCGCACAAGAUUUAUUGUGGGCAUUGAUUAACAGUCCCGCCUUCUUAUUCAAUCGCUAA